ACACACACACACACACGGGUUCACAGCGCACAAACCAGCCCACUCCAUCACCAGUAUUUCCUCUCUCUGGCGGACCAAUAACGCCGUUUCACGUUCCCUCCAUCUCAGCCAGCUGUUUCUGAAGGAAUAAAGUAGCACAUCUCUUUAUUAUCACUUAUCAUUUAGAUCUUGGAGUUGUGGAUGCUUUUCUUGGAAGCAUCUAAGCUGUUUGUACAUAUAUAUAUAUUUUUCUCAUCUGGUUGAAUUUCCUGAGAUGGAAGUGAGAUGUCGUCCAGCGGUGAUGUGUUGCUUGUUUGCCAUCCUCUGUGCGAUGGUUCCCCGGUCGCUGGAGUCUUCGUACACGGACAGGCAGUACCUGAACGAGUGGGCAGUGGAGAUCCCAGGCGGGCUGACGGCUGCGGAGGCUAUUGCCAAAGAACUGGACUACGAACUGGUCCGACAGAUUGGGGCCCUGGAAAACCACUUCUUGUUCAAGCAUCGCAAUCAUCCUGGCAGAAUGAAAAGAGGUGCCGACCACAUCACCAGGCAGCUGUCGGAGGACGAUCGAGUGUUGUGGGCAGAGCAGCAGUAUGAGAAACGUCGCAGCAAGAGGGCUUCCCUCAGAGAGUGCAGGGACUGCCCGGUGGAUAAGCUGUUUGAUGAUCCCAUGUGGAACCAGCAGUGGUACCUGCAAGACACACGGACGUCCUCCUCGCUGCCGAAGCUGGACCUGCACGUGAUCCCCGUGUGGCAGAAAGGCAUCACAGGGAAAGGAGUGGUCAUCACCGUUCUGGAUGACGGGCUGGAGUGGAACCACACAGACAUCUACUCCAACUACGAUGCAGCAGCCAGCUAUGAUUUCAAUGACAAUGACCCGGACCCCUUCCCCAGAUAUGACUCCACUAAUGAAAACAAGCAUGGGACCAGGUGUGCUGGAGAGAUCGCUAUGCAGGCAGACAACAAUAAAUGUGGAGUUGGAGUGGCAUACAAUUCUAAAGUUGGAGGCAUUCGUAUGCUGGAUGGCAUUGUCACUGAUGCCAUUGAGGCCAGCUCUAUUGGGUUCAAUCCAGACCAUGUGGACAUCUACAGUGCCAGCUGGGGACCCAAUGAUGAUGGAAAGACAGUGGAGGGUCCCGGCCGCCUGGCCCAGAAGGCCUUUGAAUAUGGUAUCCAGAAGGGUCGUGGUGGGAAAGGCUCUAUCUUUGUUUGGGCAUCUGGUAAUGGUGGCCGGCAGGGAGAUAACUGUGACUGUGAUGGCUACACAGACAGCAUUUACACUAUCUCAAUCAGCAGCGCCUCCCAGCAGGGCUUGUCCCCGUGGUACGCUGAGAAAUGCUCCUCUACUCUGGCUACAGCGUACAGCAGUGGAGACUACACCGACCAGAGGAUUACAAGUGCUGAUCUGCACAAUGAGUGCACUCAGACUCACACUGGAACAUCAGCCUCUGCCCCAUUGGCUGCUGGGAUAUUUGCCCUGGCACUGGAAAAAAAUCCAGAUCUAACCUGGAGAGACCUGCAGCACAUUGUGGUCUGGACUUCAGAGUUUGAUCCUUUGGCUAAUAACCCAGGCUGGAAGAGGAACGGAGCAGGACUGAUGGUCAACAGUCGUUUUGGCUUCGGCCUUCUCAAUGCCAAAGCCCUGGUGGACCUCGCUGACCCGGCCACCUGGAAGCACGUGCCUGAAAAAAAGCAGUGUAUUGUCAGAGAUGACUCUUUCCAGCCAAGGGAGCUGAAAGCAGCCGGGGAGAUCACUAUAGAGAUUCCAACCAAAGCCUGUGAGGGACAGGGGAACACAGUCCAUUCACUGGAGCAUGUGCAGGUGGAGGCCAGCAUUGAAUACACCAGGAGAGGGGACCUGCAUAUCACACUCACCUCCCCAGCUGGCACCAGUACAGUGCUGCUGGCUGAGCGGGAGAGGGACACGUCAUCUAAUGGCUUCAGAAACUGGGACUUCAUGUCUGUUCAUUCAUGGGGAGAAGAUCCUGCUGGUACAUGGACACUGAAGAUCACAGACACUUCGGGCCGUAUGGAGAACAAGGGUCGGAUUUUGAGCUGGAAGUUGAUUCUGCACGGAACAACAGAGAAGCCAGAGCACAUGAAGAAACCCAGAGUCUAUAUUCCCUAUAACGCAGUGCAGAAUGACAGGCGUGGUGUGGAACAUAUGGAUGACAUGAUGGAGGAGCCCACACAGGCACAUUCACCUCAGAAGACAGAGACUGCACAAGCCUCUCCUCCUUCCAGCUCUAAGAAAGAGCCCAAACAGCCCUCAGAUUCACCCUACUCCCGCUCCCUGGCCCUGCUGCGUCUCCUGCAGACGGCCUUCAACAGGCAUAUCCCAGCCCUGUCGCAGCCUCCGGCCAUAGGUCGGGCCUCCUCUGCCUGGAGGAGCUUCUCUCCUCCUGCUACUAGACUCCCACCCCAGCAGCUGUACCAAGCUAUGGAUAUGAUCAACAAGUACCGGGGCACUGGGGACAGUAUCUACAGUGACUACAGUGAUGGCUUCUACAGUGCCAAGCCAUACAGGCACAGAGAUGACCGACUGCUGCAGGCCCUGUUUGAAAUGAUAGAUCAUGACAGCAAAUGAAGGCCUGGAGGAGAGGAGAGGCAAGAAGGAAGAGGAAAAGAAAAAUAUAAAAUAAGGGGGAAGUGUGGUUAUAUGUUGGUUGGGGAGCAGAGGAACAAGGCAAAGAAAAGAGAUAAAGCAGAAGGAUAAGAUUCGGCAGUGGAGGAGAAGAGAAGAAAUAAAGGAAACAACUCUUCCACUAAGUUCUGUUUUCCCCCAAAAUGCUGCAUAUCUCUUUACCUUUGUUUACCAAUCACCAUACAUUCAUUAAUUCUUUAAUUCAGUGAUGCAAAAUUUCCAUGGUCCACAUGUGAUUCAAAUCAUGGAUGUGUUUCAAGCCUCUUUGCCACAAAUUGUAUCUCUGUGUAGUGAAAGUGAAAGCAUUUAAAUAGUAAGACAAAUGGUAAACCUUGACUCUCUUCUCUUCACUGCCCGCUCAAGCACACCACCUUUAGAAUAUGUUUUGUAUUAGUAUCUAUAUAUUAUCCAUAUAUUAUACAAAGAUGAUGAUUGUAAUAUAGUUUUGAAAACACUUGACAUGCUUUCAAAAAUCCAGAUUCUAUUUAUUUUUUGCCAUUUUUCAUAUCCUAUAAAGUUUGUUUGUGUUUCUCACUAUAAUUUAACACUUACUCACUUUAGAAGACAAAUUGGUCCUUAAGAACUGACAUCAAGUCCUUAAAUUAGAGUCAGCAAACAUUUAAAAUGAAACACAAUUUGAUAUUGACCAGCUGUUUUAAAAGUUUAAACAUACUGGCAAAAGCACUGUGUUCUCAGGAAAAAAAAAAGCUCAACAGAGGAACAGAAUUGUAUUCUGCACUCUUCAAAGUAUUAAAUGCUGUAUAUUUAGCAUGAAGGGGAAUUUAUAAUAACAUCAUGCAGAUGAGACAAUUAUAAAACCAGAAAAAAGGGAAACAUAAAAAGCUUGACUCUGGUAAUAAAUGACAGAGCACUGGAGAAUCUUUCAGUUGGAGUAGCAACACAUUAAAGUGAAAAAAAAUUCACAGAUGAAUCUUCUUCUUGUGCAAUCAGUUUAAUUUUGUAUAAGUAUAAUGCUGCAUUAAAAGAAAUAUUUUUCUAAGGAAAUAGUAUAUACAGUAUCAAACCCUUAAACAGUUUAUUUUCUUGUGGCACAGUUCACUCGAUAGCUGCAGAGCCAGUGUAGUUGUCACAACUACCAACGAACACUGCCAAACUCACUGCUGUCAAAAUGUUUCUGAGUAUUCAGUUAUUGUGCAAAUAGUUAAAAUGUCAUUUGUACAUUAUCUACUCCUUGAAUCCUGGACUGAUUUUUGGAUAUUUGCAACUAAAUCAAUUCUCUGGUAUUAUUUAUUGGGUAUUAAAGGACCUAUCACACUUCAGAAGCUGACCAAGAGUAGGGGCUCUGCAGUGCAACCUUAAAGCACAUUCAUCUUGAGAGCCUUAAUAUAUGGUAUAAUAAAUGUGCAUACCCAUUUCCACAUGGUGUAGAACAAUUUACAGAUGCUAGUCUAAGUGUUUAUGACAUGAAUAGUUAUGAAACCUCUAUGCAGAGUUUAUCCUCCAGCUUGGAACUGCCUGCUUAGCUUCUCUGCCAACAAGGGGACAGGAAAAAGAAGAUCUUGGGGACAGUAGCUUACAUGUGCUCUGUAAUUUAUUUAGUUUUAGUGUAGCCUGUGCUGUUUUUUAUUCUGGACUGAUGCUUCAGUUCAAAGUUGUUUACACACACCAAUAUUAUGUUGCAAUUUCUGUAUGGCUGUUCAUAAAAGUAAUGAGAUUUAUUGUAUUAAACUGCAAAGUGACCCCUUGA